AUGGAGUCAAUCAACAGUAUCAUGGAUGGAUUGAUUGCCAACGACGAUGAGAACCCAGCCGGCUUGCAAUACUUGCCUGCCGAGCUAAUAGAGGCCAUCUUUCAAGACCUUGGAAUCGAUUCCUGCAAAUCGUUCCGUUUAACGUCCAAGCGAUGUGCAAUUCUAGGCCAGCCAUACAUACUAAGCCCGCGGCUGAAACUGCUUCCCCAUAGGGACGACUUCACCAAGCUCAUGGAAAUCUCUCAGCAUCCCUACUUCUCGUCUCAGAUCAACCGCGUGGAAAUCUACAUGGCGAAGGCCGAUGACUAUCACUUUCGAAAUAACUUGUGUCUCCAACAAUGCGCCCGAGAAAGUAUAGGAGGCGCCGAGACGAUACAGAAGUCGAUGGCUAAGUAUCAAAAGCAGAAAGGACUAGAGGAGGCAUUCGCAGACGACUUUUGCAACCCAGAUAUUCUGGAGCUAGCUUUCCCUAAUAUGAAGAAUUUGGGGGCCAUCGACAUCAAAAUGGAAGAAUGUUUAUACAAUGACCGCGUCUUGUGGGAUGCUUGGAAAGUGGGCUUAUCAAAAGCAGAGCCGGGCGAUGCCGAAAUCGACCACUUCAUGGCGGUUCUUCGAGCGGCUUCACAGUCGAAACUACGAAUUCUAACGAAUGAUCUCUUGCCUUUCGGAAUCUGGGAUAUGGAAUGCUACCGCCCUGAUCUGGAAGCGGCUUUUACCGGGCUGACGACUUUAAAACUAGUCAUGGGGUGCAAGAACCUCAGGGAUCACCAUGCUACUGACGGCCGCCAUUCAUGGGCAAACAAGUUGAACAAGGCCUUGAAAGGAGCCACAAACCUUCAAGAACUACACAUCGGCUUCAGACUGUCGUUCUCAGCGGUUCUGGACUGCCCUAUUCUCCUGGACGGGCUGAUGCUAUCACACCUACAUACUCUCAUACUGGACAAGAUAGCAUGGCAUCCGAAAGACCUAAUUUCCUUACUCAAGGCUCAUGCUGCCACACUGAGACGGCUUCGUGUCUGGGCAUUUGUGAGCAAAAAAGACUUGAAGGGCAACACAGUCGACCACCCCGCCGACCUCGAGCAGCUUAUAGACGAGAUGAAGGAACACCUCCAGUUAGAAAAGCUUGAUGUUUGCGGCUACCCGUCUGUCCUUUGCCAGCCUGCCGAGAUUUUCUGGUUCCAUGAAAUGGGGUUGUAUGAUGAGAACUGGGAACCCGUGAGACAGCACAGAGGUUCUCCGAGUGUGAUGGCUCAGCGCUGCGAGGAAUAUGUUGUGCACGGCGGCCCCUCACCUUACGGGGGUGGUGACAUCAAUGAUUUAUUAUCAUGA